GCUGUGGCUGUGGUCAGCGGAGCCAAUCGAGGCCUGGGCCUGGAGCUGUGCCGCCAGCUGCAGCAGCGCGGGUGGCGUGUGGUGGCCCUGUGCCGCCGCAGCAGCCCGGAGCUGGAGGCCCUAAGGCAGGACUGCCAACGCAGCAGCUCCAGCCACGUGACGGUGGUGGAGGGCGUGGAUGCGCUGGCGGGGGUGAGCGCGGGCCUGCUCAUCUGCAGCGCCGGCAUCCUCAGCACAUACAGCAUGGCCGACCUGGACACAGCCGCCAUCCGGCAGCAGGUUGAGGCGAACGCGCUGGGCCCGCUGCGCGUGGCGCACGCUCUGGGCGCCAACCUGGCGCCAGCUGGCGCCAAGGUGGCGAUCGUCAGCUCCAAGAUGGGCUCCGUCGCGGACACCGCCCAGGACGGCCAGAACGGCAGCGUGGGCUACAGGAUGAGCAAAGCGGCGGCCAACAUGGCGGGGCAGCUGCUGGCUCUGGAGCUGCGCCAGCGCGGCAUCCCGCUGCUGCUCAUCCACCCGGGCACCGUCACAACCGGCAUG